GGAGCUCGCGAGGUUCGAACAUGUGAGACCUGAUCAUGAAGCUUGGUUCUCUUCUGUGCUGUACCAACUUUUUGGGUCGCUGCUUCACUCGGAGUCGCCGAACAUACUAAGGUACACGCGGUGCUUGACUUCAUGCCGAACGCAAAGCUUCGCAGGGAAAUAGCCCGAGCAUUGGGGGAUCGCCGAAGGGGUAACAGUACGUAUACGUGGGGACGGUCCAGAGGUAGGCUAAGCUAUGAGUCUUAUAACUACGGGACGAGGUUCUACACUACCCACAGUACACCCUCUGGAACUCCACAGAAUCUUCCUCUGGCCGGAAUCAGAGUGCUCGAGGUGGGACAGGUCAUAGCUGGGCCGUUUUGUGGGCAGCUACUAGGCCAUUACGGCGCAGAGGUGAUCAAGGUUGAACCUCCCAAUGUGGGCGACCCGCUGCGGGUAUGGAGAGAGCGCGACAUAGACGGCGUCAGCCCUUGGUGGAGGAGCAUCGCUCGUAACAAGAAGAGCGUCACUAUAGACAUGCGCAAGGAAGAAGGUCGAAGCUUGGUCAAGCAGCUCGCUGUCAAGAGCGAUGUUAUAGUCGAGAACUUCAAGCCUGGGACAUUAGAAAGAUGGAACCUCGGUCCUUCCGACAUCCACCCUCUGAACCCAUCGCUCAUAUUCACGCGCGUAAGCGGGUACGGCCAAACAGGACCAUGGUCAUCUCGCCCUGGCUACGCCUCCGUUUGUGAAGCCGAGUCGGGCUUCCGCUACAUCAACGGUACGCCCGACCCCGACACGGGUGCCUUGUUAGGUCCCCCUAUCAGGCCCAACCUAAGCCUCGGCGACUCAGUUGCUGGUCUGCACGCAGCCUUCGGAACUGUCCUCGCACUCCUCGCCCGCAAAAAUAGGGAGGCACAGGGACAGCCCGGCGGCCAGACGGUCGACGUUAGCAUCUUCGAAAGUAUGGUCAACCUCAUGGAAGGCAUCAUCCCGGAGUACGACCGCAAGGGCAAGAUCAGAGGCCCCUCAGGAUCGUCCCUCACCGGAAUCGUCCCCACGAACGCGUACCCCUGCAAGCCCGCACCCGAGGCCCCAACCGUGCCCUCCUACCUCGUGAUCGGCGCAAACUCUGAUUCCAUCUACAACCGCCUCAUGACUGCGAUCGGCCGCCCCGACCUCAUCGGCGCCGAGUACGCGCAGAACCACCACCGCGUCGACCGCCAGGCCGAGAUCGAGGGCGCGAUCGCGGGGUGGACGCAGGAGCACACCGCGGAGGCGGCGGAGGAAAUCCUGCGCGCGGUCAGCGUGCCCGCGGGGCGCGUGCUCAACGUGAAGGACAUCGUCGAGAACGAGCACACGCAGGCGCGCGGGCUGGUCGAGGAUGUGUGGGUGCCGAAAGCGGAUUCUGCAGCUGGAGGGUGGAGCGUGAAGAUGUCGAAGGCUGUUCCGGUGCUGGAGGGGUGUGACACGAAGACGCGCUGGGCGGGUCCAGAGCUUGGAGAGCACAAUCGGGAGGUGCUGAUCGGAGAGCUGGGGCUCGCGGAAGAGGAAUUCGAACGGCUGCAGAAGGAAGGUAUCAUUGGAGAGUGACACGUUCGUCAAACUCUGCACAGAUAGUCGUAUGCGUACACAAAGUCUAGUCUCCACCGCGCAGUACAGCAGCACAACUUGCUCACUGGGGCGUGCGAUACACAUCGUUACACAUCGUUUUCCUCGCCGUUGCCUGCACUUCAAAGUGACCAGCUGCAAGACUCUAAUCCGC